AUGGUGAACUGGCUCGGUCUCGUCGUCCCCCUAGCCUACCUAGGUGUUCUACUCGGCUCUUUGGCCACAUUCUCUUCGCUCUACCGCAAGCGCAAGGCUCAGAAAAAGACAUCCGUCCCCGAGUCUGUCCUCAAGGCGGCACUCCUCCGCCGCGCAACCGAAGAUAUCCGCCGCGUUAUGGCCCUGCGCUCACAGAAACAGGCCUUGUCUGUACUUCUCCAACGUGGAAGCGUCGGCGAUGACCUGUGGCAGCGGUUCGUGCGCGCGGAGAAGGAAAUGGAGGAUGAGGUGCGGGAUGUUGUUUCUGAGGCAAAUGCCUACGUGCCUAAUUGGGGCCAAACUAUUUUCCAAUCAGCCAACGAGAUGUUGAACAAUGAUAUGUACCGCCGUCGCCUCAACGAACACCAGGAGAAACUCACCGAGGAGCGUGAAUGGUGGGCCAAGAAGAAGUCGAGCAUUCAGGAAGGUUUUAUGAAGGAGCUCAAUGAGGAAAGCCCUGCGUCUGCUCCGGCGGUGGCCCCUGUUGCUACGCCUGCGAAGGCCGCAGAGGCUACCCCUGCGGUGGCUACGUCUGCUUCGGUACAGGGGAGUGAUGAUGAUGCGGUGCUUGUUGAAGCGGUUAAUACUCCGUCUUCCGGUGGUGGCGGUGGUGGCGGGGGAAAGAAGAAGAAGGGCAAGGGUAAGAAAUAG